AUGGAGGCCGAAAAACCCUUUGCAAAAAUAUGCGAGGAGUAUGCGGAGGCUCACGGCCUGAGGGACAUGAUGCAGUCUCUGCUGAAAUUGCUGCUUCAGCAGCAGCCAGAAGACCCGCUGCAGUACCUCAUAGACCACCUAAAACAGCAGCAACUCCUUGAAGCCCAGGAGAUCCAGCCUGAGCAGCGUCAAGAGCAACAGGAAGAGGGGCAACAGCAGACGCAGGAAGAGCAGCAGGGGCAGCGGGAGCAGCAGCAAGUGCGGCAGCAAUUGGGUCCCCCGCUGCGUCUCGUGAUGCUGGGCUUGCCUGGCAGCGGGAGGCGUGAGGUGUCUGUCCGCCUGGCUGAGCGGUGGGGGCUCCCUCUGGUUUCUGUUGGGACGCUCUUGCGCACGCAUGCAGAGAAGUUCCCUCGGGGCGAAGCAGCAAGGGCCCUCAACUCCAAGACCUUGGCAAGCGACGAGCUCGUUGUGGAGUUGGUGUCUACCCAGCUGCAGCAGCAGCAACAGCAACAGCAGCAGCAGCAGUGUGGUGGCUGGAUCCUUGAUGGGUUUCCCCGCACCCGAGCCCAGGCCGUGGCGCUGUUGGAUAUGCGACUGUCACCUGACCGCUGCUGUUUGCUGCUUCCGGGGGAAGAAAGCGCGCGUUCUGCGGUGCGUGCAGCAGCAGCGGCAGCCGCAGCCGCAGCAACUGCCGCAGCAACAGCAGCAGCAGCAGCAACAGCUGCAGCAGCAGCGGACGGAAAUCCCCCAGCUGGAGUCUCGGGACCCUUCUUUCGCACGACCACCACUCAAGCCUCGGAGAGGCGCAACCGGUUGCUGGUCACAAGAGAGGCAGAUGCUUUCCUUCGUCAACUGCACACCAGUGGGGUGCUCGAGGUCUUGGGGCCGCUCGCAGAGACUGUCCCCGCUGAACAAGGUGCAGACAGUCUUAUCGAGACUAUUGAGGCAAGGUGCGGCCUGGACGGAGGCUCGAAGCUACGCCUGCACCCCCCGAAGCUUUGUAUUAUUGGGGGCUGUGCCAGCGGGAAGUCGACGCAGAGCCGUUUGCUCACCAAUCGCUUCGGUGUUGUGCAUGUGGACAUCCGCGACAUACUGCUGCAGAAGGCACACGAAGACGCUGCCUGCAAGGAGGCCCUCCUGGAGUUGGAGGCUGGCGUUGAGUGCUCGUCUGACGAGCUGCUAAUACAGCUGGUAGCGCAGCGGCUCGCUGCAGCAGAUUGCGCCCGCCGCGGUUGGGUCUUAGACGGAAUUCCGCAGACGGCUCGCCAGGCGCUGCUGCUGCGGCAGCACAAACUCACCCCGGAUUGCAUUGUGCUGCUCGAGGCCCCUGAGAAAUCCAUGGAGGCAGCUGUAGAGGUACAGACAGACAAAAGCCAACAACACAAAGACGCAGCUAGGCUAGUGGAACUGCGCAUCGCGCAGCUGGAGCGAUGGCUGCCAGAAAUCCGCGAGGCCUUCUCAGGAAAAAUUAUAUAUCUGCUGCUUCUUCCCCCGGUCUUCUCCGUAGAGGCCUUUCAGCUGUACGUACACCCUAACCCAGCCUGCUCUCUGCUCAGCAGCAGCAGCAGCAGCUGCAGCAGCAGACGCAGCGACUGCAGUAACAACAGAACCUCAGCAAGCAGAAAAUUCAUCUCUCCCACUCAUGCAGCAGCAGCAGUUGCAGCUGAUGCAGAUGGAGGAGCGGCAACAGAUUCUGGCGCAGCAGCAGCAACAUCUGCAGCAGCACCGGCAGCAGCAGCACCAGUGGAUGCUGCCCUCGUGAAGAAGUUGAGGCAGAUAACUGCAGCAGGUUAUGGGGCUUGCAUGCGGGCGCUGCAGCAAAGUGGGGGGGACUUGACGAAGGCAGUGCAGUGGCUGCGGCAGCAAGGGGCUGCGGACGCAGCAGCAGCAGCAGCUGCAGCUGCUGCUGCUGCUGGGGCAAGCAAUCCAGACAGCACUGACGCCCUCAACGAAGGGAUCGUUGCAGUAUGCCACUUAGCAGCACUACCACCAGCAGCAGCAACAACAGAUGCAGCAGCAGCAGCAGCAGAUGUAGAAAGGGUUGCUGCUGUGCAUGUUGCCUGCAACACCGACUUCGUUAGCCGCAGCGAUGUCUUUUGUGCAGCGGCAAGGCGGGCUGCUGCUGCCGCAUGCAACUCCCCCGAGUUUGCAGCAGCAGCAGGAGCAGCAGCGAGAUCGCGACAGCAGCAAGAGCUGCUGCUGCAGCAGCUCCUGGCGCUGCCUGCUUCCAGCGACUCCGUUUCCCUUGACGCAGCUUCAACAGCACCUGCAGCAGCAGCAGCACCUGCUGCAGGAGCAGCAGCAGCAGCAGGAUCAGCAGCAACUGUGGGAGAAGACUUGGCUUAUGUGUCUCGCUUGUUAGGGGAGAAAGUGCUGCUGAAGGGCCUGGCGCUGCGAGAGGCCCGCAGGGGGCUGGGGAUCGUCUGCUCCUACUGCCACCAACCUGUUGCUGCUGCUGCUGCACCGCUGGUGGUCCUGCUGCACCUCUCCUACACCCGCAGCCAGCAGCAGCAGCAGCAAAAAGAAGAAGAAGAACAGCAGCAAGACUUCGAGAAGAAGCUGCGGCACUGGGGGAAGCAGCUGUGCCUGCAUAUUGCAGCAGCCCGGCCAAUCGCAGUCAGAGUGGAGGACCUUCCCCCUGAGAUGGUGGCCCAAGAGCGGCAGUACGUCCUCAACAGCUUAAGCAGCAGCAGCAGCAGCAGCAGCAAGGGUAGCAGCAGCAACAGCAACAAGAACAGCAGCAGCAAGAACAGCAGCAGCAGCAAAGACAUGCCGGAGGCCCUGAAGCAAAAGAUUGUAGAGGGCAAAAUGAACAAAUGGUACAAGGAAACAGUCCUCUUGAAACAACCGUGGGCUUUAGAUGACAGCGGGCGGUCUACAGAGAAGGUGCUGAGGGAGACAGAGAGUCUCCUAAAGACAAAAAUAAACAUCGAGGGUUUUGAUGUGCUCCAGGUGAAGCCUCACACGUAG